AUGUCGCACAAGUACCCUCCAGUCCAGGGGGGAGGCUCCAUGAUAGUCGCUUGGCAAGUCAAAGAUAAACAUGUCCUAGUGGUCGGCGGUGGUGAGGUAGCUGCAGGCCGCAUUCUCCACGCGCUGAACGCCGAUGCCAAAGUAACAGUCGUCUGUCCUGGCUCAGGUCUCAAUGAUGAAGUCGCUUUCCGUGUAUCUGAGGGCCAAGUCACGCAUGUCGAUCGCACAUUUGAGCCAGAAGAUCUAGAAGGAGCAGAUAUGGUACUUUGUGCCAUUGAUGACCCCGACGCCUCGUCUCGCGUCUGGAAACUGUGCAAGGAGAAGCGAAUACCUGCCAACAUAGCCGAUGUGCCCGCAGAGUGCGACUUCUACUUUGGCAGCAUGUACCGUGAUGGACCACUGCAAGUCAUGGUGAGCACGAAUGGAAAUGGACCUAAACUCGCAAGUAUCAUUCGGAAAAAAAUUGCAGCAUCAUUGCCCGACAACAUGGGUGCCGCCAUAGAAAAUGUGGGCAAACUACGUAAGAAACUGCGCGAGGUCGCUGCCAGGCCAGAGGAGGGGCCUAAGAGAAUGAAGUGGAUGUCUGGGGUCUGCGAGUCAUGGAGUCUCGAAGAGCUCGUUAAAAUGAGCGAACAGGACAUGGAUCGUCUUCUUACUCACUUCGCAUCUGGCAAUAUUCCGUCUUAUAAUGAAGUCCACUGCAGCUAGUUGAUGUAUGUACAAUUUGCUAGUUAACUGGGACAGCCUCGACUGUGUCGCCAAUAUCUACUUGCCAAGAAUGAUGCGAUUGAUGUAUCGGCUUGAUGCCGCUUUACGGCCGCAAAUAUCAUAGUGACAGCGACGUCUGCUUCGCCGAGCUCAAGUUCGGUAAUUUGAUAUUGAUAGAAUAGGUAGACGGUCUGUAUUCUUAUAAUUUACAAGUCCG